UGCUAAGUGUUGAGGCAAUUCAGAAUGGCCAGGAGAACUUACUGGAGCUUGGUGACCUUAUUCAUCAAUGCAGGAACAUUCUGAGACAUAAUGAUCGACUCAAGCUUAAUUUUGUUAGGAAGCAAGCGAACAAGGUUGCGCAUAGCAUUGCGAGAAUUCCUUGUGAGCUAAAUAGUUCCAUUGUAAUCUCGUCUCCUCCAUUCUUUUUGUUGGAGACAAUAUUGUCCGAAAGUUUGGCGUUUUAAUGAAAUUAUCAAUUUCUCAAAAAAAAAAAAACUAUUUUGAUUAUUUUCUAAAAUAAAAAAAAUUCUUGGUUAACUAUGUUUACAUUUAUACAAACAUACAUAAUUUUCGCUUCCCAGAAAAUCAUAAUUUUCAUUCUAGACCCAAGUUAUUUGGUCUAUACUCUGUAGUGAACUUACUGGAAAGCUACUCUUACCUGCAGGCUGUACAAGUGUCAUGGCAACGAUGGUUUCUUUGAAAGAUAUAGCUCCAGCAGCGCAGAACAACAUAAACACGCGGUUUAUACUCUUGGAUAAAGGAAGGAUUAUGUUAGAAUCUCAACAGAAGACCUGCAUUGCUUUGGUGGCCGAUGAAACUGCUUCAGUUCAUUUUCAGUUUUGGGGAGAAGAGUGCGAGGCCUUUGAGCCGGGUGAUAUUAUUCGUCUCACCAAUGGCAUAUUCUCCUAUAAUCGCAGCAAUAGUUUUGUUUUGAGAGCUGGGAAACGGGGGAAAGCUGAGAAGGUGGGGGAGUUCACUAUGGUUUUUGUUGAGACGCCAAACAUGAGUGAGAUUCGUUGGGUUCCUGAUCCAAAUAACUCCAAGAACUAUGUCAAGGAGGCUGUUCUGUCUAGCCACUCAAGAUUGUUCCCGCCUAUGGUUUGACUCUAUAUUCGUGUUGGUAAAUUGCUACUUGGUGCUGCAAAUAUUAAAGGGAACAUUUUGUGUUAGCUUAUAAUCUUUCUGGCAACAAUGCAGAAUGUCUGUCAAUAUCGCUUAUUAGGAAAAAUGAACAUUGAGUUUGAAGUUUUCUGCAUCCAGUUGUUAUAUAGAAACCUGCGUGCCAAUUGUUUCAUGUUACCAAGUUGUGAAGACUUUAUUUGUUGCAAUCAAUUUAUCUUGACAAAGCUAAUUCGGACAAAUCCGCCAUCA